GGCAUUGCAUUAUGGGAGACGGAUGAUUGACACGGGCGCCAUUUUGCUCCUGCUCUCUGCUUCCAUUGUGUGAGAGAUAGUAAAUAUCUGACACUGCCAGACAACCACAACACACUUGUAUCGUCGCGAAGAAAAAGCGUCAAAUUCACCCUCGGUGAUACUCUGUCGUAAUGGCUCGUACCAAGCAGACUGCUCGUAAGUCCACUGGAGGAAAGGCUCCUCGUAAGCAGCUGGCCACCAAGGCUGCCCGUAAGAGCGCCCCCUCCACCGGUGGUGUCAAGAAGCCCCAUCGUUACAGGCCCGGUACUGUGGCUCUGAGAGAGAUCCGUCGGUACCAGAAAUCCACCGAGCUGCUGAUCCGUAAGCUGCCCUUCCAGCGCCUGGUGAGGGAGAUCGCUCAGGACUUCAAGACUGACCUGCGUUUCCAGAGCGCUGCCAUUGGAGCCCUGCAGGAGGCCAGCGAGGCGUACCUGGUGGGUCUAUUCGAGGACACCAACCUGUGUGCCAUCCAUGCCAAGCGCGUCACCAUCAUGCCCAAAGACAUCCAGCUGGCACGUCGCAUUCGUGGAGAGCGCGCUUAGACGGCCCCUCUGAUGUUUCACCCGCGUCCUGUUUUUCUUUACCUGUCCCUGUCCUCGCUCCUUCGUCUCUCCCUCGCCCCCCAGCCCCACCCAUCCCCGUCGCCCUCCGCCCCCAGCCUGCCCACCUUCUCAGUAGACUUUAGAGUAAUCCUGAUUAUGAAGAGAUAGAAAUAUGUUGAAGUCUGGUCUCUCAUAGGUUUUUUUUGUCUUCACCAAAUGUUUUUAGGGUACCUUUUUUGUGCAUGUAAAAGGUUCGGCAGAUCAGACGCGCACGUGCACACAGACUCAAACGUGCAUCGCCGGGUUUUGGGCGGCGCUUCAGAACGUGAAGCUCGACUGGAUUCUUGCAGGGUAGGAGGGCGGUGGGUGCAGUUUGUGUGGCAAACAGAGUGGAAGCAGAGGGACAUGGCCGAGGGACUAGUCUGCUUAAGGGGAGCUGCAACUUCCACAGCAGGGUGCUAUUAAAACUAGUCCUGAGGCCUCUGCCCCCUCUGGACACCCUUCCUCUCCCACCCGAGCUGUCUGGCAAGCUGUUUUUAUGUGAGCUGCACUAGUUCCUACCCUGACCCUGAGUUUUCUUUGACUAAGUUUCCAGUUUAAGCCAAUGUUCCAGUAUGCGGCUUUAUGUUCUCAUAAUGUUCAGCCUUCCAGAAUGUAUACAGCUUUGUACAGCUGGAAAAACGAUAAAACAAUUCUUUUUUUAUUCUUUUAUCUUGCACCUUCAUAACUCCACAGUCUCCAUAAAGUCUUGGAGCAGAAACAGUCUCUGCACCCCAGCUCCCUUGUUGCCCUGCAGGUGCAGCCACAUGGCUCGCCUUACUUUCCAGUCCUCCUCCUUCCCCUGUGUCAUCUGCUCUGUGAGGGGACGGACUGCUGUGUGUCUGUGUGGACCUGUGAGCUCUGAUCUGCCAAACCAGUCGUACUCAACAAACAAGAAUCUCUUGGUUGCUUAAAGAUAUUGAUUAUUGUUGUGGAUAUGGUGUCUAUUUUUUUUACACAUAUAAUUCACGGAGGAGCAUCUCUUCCUUUACCACUUCAAAAUGAUCAAAAGAGAAAAAAGAAAUUGAUAUUGUCAACAUGAUUAUCAGUUUUUUUCUUUAUACAGUGAUGUGAUUUGUUAUAGAAAAUCAGGAAGGGCUUCUCUGUUUUCCAAGGAAACAUCGUUCUCAUGGCAGCCACGCAGCGCGGUGCUUCACCGUCUCUCUAUUCACAUGUUCACUGUCGAUCAGUUAUUACACUUUCUGCUUCUGUCUUUAUUGCCACAGAUUAGACUCAUCACAACAGUUUGAAUUGACGUUCUAGUGAAAGUUCCACUCUGCAUGUUUAGGGUCUGUGUGUCUUCUGCAUUCUCUGUAGAUCUGAGCAUAUAAUCUGUCCCUUUCUCAAAAUUUGUGAUACACAAUAUAACCUCAUAUUUGUUUUCUUUUAUAUUUUUCUUAUUCCUCGAGAUUUUCAGACAUAUAAAUAAGCUGAUCUUUGUAUUUUCCAAAUUUCUCAUAUUAUGGUGGUAAUAAAUAGGUGUUAAAACAA